AGUAGAUAACAAUUACUAGAGUUCUUAACAAAAAAUAAACUUGGGGCCUAAACUUGUUAUUAGAUAUAUUUAUAACUAACUUGUCUCAAGAUUUUCUCAUUGGUGUGGCAAGCCUGUUGUUUAACUUUUUCUAAGGUGUUUGAAGACCCAUGUCUUCUUAUUGAUCUUACUUAGUGUUGGAGAAAAACAUUGAUUAUGAAGUUGUUUUUAGACAGAUUCUGUAAUUUCUGAAUCUGUUGUUGUUGGCAGUUGGGCAUGGCUAUAGUUUAGUUUCAAUAGUGACAACGUAAUUUGUCUUUUGUUUGUGUAGGAGUAUUGCUUCCUAUGUCUUGGUCCACUAGAAUGAAAAUUGCAAUUGGAGCUGUAAAAGGACAUCCCUUUCUCCAUGAAGCUGAGAAACCUGUCAUCUAUCAUGAUUUUAAGACGUCUAAUAUUCUAGUAGACUUGGUUAGUAUACGAACUGAAUAAUUGUUAAAGAAAGGAAAUCAAGUAAUUAUUUGGUUUCCCUUUGUUUCAUAUCAUAGAAAAAUACACAAGAGGUUGUUGCGAACUGGUUGACAACAGAGGCUGGAAUGCGUUGCACUUUGCAGUGGAGGGUGAUGCUUGUACAGUGAGUAUUAUCCUUAAACAUUCAUCUCUCAGCAAUCUUUUGAAAGAGAAGAAUGUCGAAGGGAACACUCCACUCCAUCACCAAUAUUCUCGCUAUUCCGAGGACGUGAAUGGGGCUCUCAUGGAUCACCCCAAAGUAGAUAAGAUGGGCUUCAACAAAAAUAACCGCAAUGCUUAUCAAGUUGCUUUAACUUGUGCAAAGUUAUCACCAAAAAGUCCACUUAUACUUUUAUAGAAGAUUAUGGAUAUUGCGACUAAACUCCAGUCUCGUUCGAGAAGAGUAUUCCUCAAGGAGGACGAAAACAAUGUCACCUUGGAUGACAUUAUGAAGGACGAGGUGAAGUGGUGGCAGGCAAGGAGGAAAGAAUGUUUGGAGAAAGCAGCCGAAACACACUUGUUAGUGGCUGCCCUCAUCACAACAGUGACCUUUGCCGCAGCUAUAACCAUGCCUGGUGGUUUUGUUGGUACUAGAGGUGACCCACAUUAUGAAGGCUCUGCAGUUUUGAGGAGAAAUGCUACUUUUAAAGCGUUCAUUAUCAUAGAUGCCAUAUCCUUGGUGCUAUCUAGUUUUGAUGUUGCUACCCAUAUACUUAUGCCACUUUUGUUGAUCAAACAUUCUGAAUCUGAUGAAACUCGCUACGAUUUUCUCAGCCUAGCCUUCAAGUUUAUUUUGAUGGCCAUGGGAGCAAUAUUCCUGGCAUUUAUCUCAGGUGUAUAUGUUGUGUUAGUGCAUUCUUUAGAUCUUCUGGUCACCACUUGUGUUAUUGGCUCAUGCUUUUUCCUCAUUCUCUAUAUUAUAUAUGGAACAAAUCCUUUAAUGGCAGCAGCCUUGUUUAACUGCGGUCUUAUUGAUUGCAUUUAUCCAAGCAAAAACCUAGUCGAAUUGACAUAUUUUGCAAAAGGUCUCAUUGAUGCAGUGAAGACAUAUAGGAAGAAGAUCAGGGCCCAAGAGUUGCCAGUUUUCUUUAUUGAGGCAUCUCAGCAAAAAGAAUCUGCACCUCAUAGCACUGCACGCAGACCUACAACAGAAGCAGCUACUGAUGCAAAAGUUCCAGAAGAUAUUCCCAUAACAGAAAAUAUUCUCUAG